AUGUUUUACUACCCAGACGUCCUCCUGCGCCGCACUGGAUGUUUUUCCACAGUUUGGUUAGCAGCCACCAAAGGUAUCAGGGUUACCCGCAGAGAGCUUCUCAAAGUCAAUGUCAGGAGAACAUGCGGAGACAUUUUGGACUAUGUGACAGCUCAGGUUCCUCCACCGCAACCCAACAUACCGAGGCCUCGCUUCUCUCUCUACCUGUCAUCUCAGCUGCAGUAUGGAGUGGUUGUAGUCUACCACAGGCAGUGUGGCUUCCUGCUCGAGGAUGUCCAACAGACCAUUGACCGCCUGCUGCGCUCUAAAAGAUGCAUAAAUAUAGACAUGGCUGAGUCUGACAGGUUGGCCUUGGAUGUGCCUGACAGCCUGUACAUGAUGGAGGAGGCAGAGGGAGCUCAGGACCCCUUUUUCGGUGUCAUAGAAGCACACAAACUACCCAGCCCCUAUAAAAUACACCAGUCAACGUUGGUGAUUGAAGAGGCAGGUUCACAGCACUCCCUGGUGCCCAGUCCCCACACCGCACUUGAUGGUUUCAGGUCACCUCCAGCUGCCAUCUCCCUGACAGAAAAGGAGCAGUUCAUCAUCACCGCUGCUGAGAAUUUUGAGGGAGAUGAGCUUCCUGAAGUCACAGCCAGAGAGAUCGACUUGUUGAUGGAUCAACCAGACCAGUUCCGUGGAGAGGUGGAGGAGCAGCAGACUGACCGGAGGACCAGGGAACUUGAAGGCGCCAUGUCCUCCAUUGACCAGCUGAAGGAGACAGUGCUGGGAGCAGAGCGGGACAGUGUGUGGCAGCUAGACGAGGAGUCGGGUCACCCGGUGGAGGUUCCUUUGGCAGCUGUUGCCCUAGAGAUGACCCCUCCACAGGUUGCUAUGCCAACUCCCCCCUCUGGGGCAUCUGGGAAAGAGGGAGACGGAGCAACAGACGGUUCCUGUGAGGAGGUGACUGUUCCUCCUCAUAGGAAGCCCGGUGGAGGUCGCAGGCGUCAGCUGGUCUUCGCAGACCCUGAGGUCCAGAUAUCUGAGACAACAAUGAAGGAGCAGAUUGAAGACCCACUGGCUGAGACACUGGAACUGUCCAAGGUGUUGCUGGACUUGCCCGCCUUCACCCAGCGUGCCACUCCUGCCCAGCUCUUCACCGCCCCCUGUGGAUCCCUGCUCCAUGCUGACCUCCAGUCACUAUGGAAACAGUGUGCCUCAAUCACCGUCCUGCCUGGACCUGGGGAAAAACAGAGAGGGGAGGAGGAAGAGGAGGAGGAGGAGGCGAGAGGGGAGUCAGAGCAGGACAGAGAAAUACUUAGGGCAGAGAGGAAGAGGAGGCACUCAAGCAGGAGAGAGAUAUCCAGUGAGUCAGGACUGCAGCCUGCAGAGAGCUCAUCUGUAUUAGAUGUGAUUAUGGACAUGUCCAAAGAGGACAGAUCUGUAAACGAUGUGAUCACUCCUGCCAGCAGAUGGUCUCCACAAGAGGAGGCCCAGCCACCAAUGGAGCCCAUAGCAGAGGAGAACAUCGAGAUGCCCGAGGCUCUGACUGACACAGAGAGCAGGGACAUGCUGAGCUGGAUCUCCUCCAGCCUGCAGAGGUUUGGAGAGGUCACCUUCGACUCUCUGGUGCCCCCAAAGGCUGACCGCAGCACUGCAGCUCACACACUCUACAAACUGCUGGAGCUGCUGUCUGCUCGAGAGGUGACUGUACAUCAGACUCAACCCUACAGUGACAUCAUCAUUAACCCUGCAGCGCUCAGGGUGACCGCCUGAACACACACAUACAGUUACUCUCACUAAAGUCCUGUUGAGGUACAGUUAAUAUUUUUUUAUUGAUGAAUGAAUGAAUUCUAUCCUUUGGCUUUUAGUAACGCAUCAGCUCUCACACUCCCCUGAUAUCUUUCAUUAUAAAAAACGGAUCACACGAUUUAAAUGUUUUUAUAUUUAUAUUGUUCAGAGAUGGGAAACAUUGAACUGCAUUGCUUUGCUUUUACCCAGUGCUUUUAAAAAGAUUUUUAACCAUUUCAAUCUGGUUGUAAUUUGUUUUUAUUGUUGUAUUUUUUAAAUAUAUUUAUACCCAUUGAAGUUUAUUAAUGUUACAUAAUUUAAUUUGCAAACUGUUAUUGGUUUUUAAUAUCUGAACCUGGUGGGUGUUUUUAUGCAGUUUGUAUGGAUUUUAACCUUUAUAAUGGUUAUAAAUUAAGCUUUUUAUGCAGUUUGUAUUUGUUAUGUGAAUUCUUAUCACUUGUAUUUUAUCUCAGACUUUUUAUAAAAUGUUUUUUACUUUGUAGAAUAGUGUAUGAUCUCCAAUGAUUCUUCCAAACUCUAAACAUAUUCAGGCCAGAUAAACUUUGUAUUUCUGUAGUUCGUUGUAAGAAUAAAACUCAGAUAGGUCAUUUUCUAACGCAUAGUGUUCUCUUAUAUCAACUGUUCAAGAAUGACUGUAAACAUACAGUAUUUUAACUCUAGUUUAGCCCUCACCUGUCAAUAAACUC